GCGAGACACCCCUGGAGGGAGCCACCGCCCCCCGGAACAAGCAGACGCCCUCCACCCUCAGCGGGGCGACUGCUGGCUCCGCGGGUGCUUCUACAGCUAACACCCACCCACACUCUGCGCCCAUCCACGCCCACACGACCAACCACCCACCCGCCACUCACCCCACCCCCGCCCACCACUCGUCGACUUCUUCAUCGUCGUCGCCUUCUGCGGGAGGACAACCGCCCUCCAUCGGGAGCCACCAUCGAACGUCCUCUUCUUCGUCUUCUUCGGGGGCGCCGCCCACGGCCGCCGCCGCAGUCGUCUCCUCUCACCACCACCCACAUUACCCUCCGCCCCACGGGAAGGUCGCCGCCGCCGCCGGAGGCGGACCUUACCACCACCAGUCGCCGAAGCACAACGCUUCCUCGUAUCCGACGAAGGCGCACUCGAAGAACGCCGCCUAUCCGCAGGGCAAGCAGCAGCAGCAGCAGCAGCCGCCCUACGCCCAGCAUCACCAAAGUAACAGCAACGCCCCCGCCGCCCAUUCGGCCGGCCAAAGGAACAGUAGCAGUAGCAGCUGGGAACAGCAGUAGCAGCAGCAGCCAGCAGGGGCCGCCUUCACAACGAAUCCCGCAGCCGCAGGGUUCCGCAGCCUCUGCGUCGUCGGGGGGCGUGUCCUCUGGAGUAGGAGGAGGAGGAGUGGGGGGAGGAGGAGGAGGAGGAGGAGGCGGAGGAGGAGGAGGCGGAGGAGGACAUCAUCAGCAUCAGCAGCAGCAGCAGCAGCCCAACUUCGAGUACGAUGACCAGGAAUGGGACGUGGGCGUCGGAGACCUAAUCAUUGACCUCGACGCAGACAUCGCCCAAGCCGACCGCGGGGGAGGAAGAAUGAGCUCCUCCGCCGUCCCCCCGCCCCCCCAACAACACCACCACCACCACCAUCACCACCACCAUCAUCACCACCAACACGCCUCCAACGCCAACAGCAGCAACGCGUCGGCGACUUCGUCAGGCACAUCCUCGACCAUUUCCGCUUCCGCCACGGCCCCCACCACGCCUCAGCAGGCGGCGGGAGGGGGAGGGGGAGGAGGAGGAGGCGGGGGAGGAGGGGGAGUAGGACCGGGGCACCACCAGACUCCCGAAGACAAGCACAGCCUGAAGAUGAAGAUCAAAAGGACGAAGCCCACGACCAAGAACAGCGAGGCAAAGCACGAGAUCGUCAAGCCCGACCUGGUCCCUGGACCACCCCCGCCCCACCCCCCACCCGCCUCAGCAGCAGCAGCAGCAGACCACCCACGGAAGCCCUGGGGCGCCUCUGCACCUCCAUUCCCAACAGCAGCAGCAGCAGCAGCAGGGCCACAGCAGCAGCAGCAGCAGCAGAUACCCCAGCGUCCACAGCCGCACACGCCGCCCCCUAGCCACCAUCACAAUGGCGCCCACAUCAAACUAGAGAAUAGCGAAAUGAAUGGGCGUGCUGGGCCACGCCCCCCUCAGCAGCAGCAGCAGAGCAGCAGCCCCCGGGCGACUCAUAAGAAGGAGAAGAGGCGGCAGGACAUCAACGGCACUGUCUCCCCGCCGCCUCCUACCCAGCUGAACACGCCCCCGGGGUCCGCCGCUUCGGGGACCAUAGGCCCGCCCGCGGGGGCGAGCAGCGUCGCUGCCUCGCCCCCGCCGCCCUCUCUGGCGGGAGUCAAGUUGGAGCCGAGGGGCGCCGGGGCUUCUCCGAGUCGAGCAACGACGCCUCUCGGGCCCUUCGCCAUCAAGAGCGAGACGCCGCCGCCUCCUGCCAAGAGGCUCAAGGGUGAUGAGGGCGUUUCCAGGCGUGACGUGUGCGUAGGAACCAGCGUUGCUACAAUCACUGACCCGGACUGUCUUGGGCCGUGUGAACCUGGCACCUCUGUCAUGCUUGAAGGCAUCGUCUGGCACGAGACCGAAGGAGGAGUGCUGGUGGUCAAUGUAACUUGGCGUGGCAAGACUUAUGUGGGUACCUUAUUAGACUGUACCCGGCACGACUGGGCACCUCCAAGGUUCUGUGACUCGCCCACCAGUGACAUAGAGUCUCGCACGCCCAAGGGUCGGGGCAAGAGGGGUCGUGCCUCCGUCGGCACACCGACUGCCACCACCACUACAACUACCACCACGACUACCACCACCACAACUAUAGACAGUGUUGCCGAGACACGCAGUGGUAAAUUACGGAAUGCCAACGUUCCUAAAGGACGGAGAGGGAAUGUCACUCCUGUGCUGAACCCUCCUCCUAGUCCAGUUAAAUCUGAACCAGGAGGAACAAAGCGCAAGGGUAGGGAGCCCGAGACAACCGACACUAAAAAUUGCAAGAGGUCGCGCGGAUCAUCACGAGGAACACCAACCAAUGGUACCACCAGUCCUGGGCCAGAACAGCCUUCAUCUCCUCAGCUGAUAGAGUGCCCCGAGCCUAACUGUAACAAGAAGUACAAACAUAUCAACGGGUUAAAGUAUCAUCAGAGCCAUGCUCACAAUAGUGUUACUAAUGACGACGAAACAACCAGCACUGAAGGUAGAGCGGAAAGCGAAGUGGAGGAAAGCAGACCGCCUUCACCCUCCCCAGUCGCUGAGGCUCCAGUUGACAAGACAGAUCAGGAUAUUGUCAAACCUUCUGUCUUGAGAUAUACAGGUCCUCCUAAAACACCCAGUCCUGGACCUACAGAAGAAUUAGAUAAAGGACCAACUCCCUCUCCUCUUCCUCCUCCUACUUCUUCUUCCUCCUCUAAUUCCUCUUCCUCAUCAACCCCUUCUUCCUCCACUUCUUCCUCAUCCUCUUCUCAACCAAGUGUUAUUCAGACCCUCGUUCCACAGCCCCAACCCCAGCCGCAGCCGCAACCUCAGCCAAGUCAACCCUCUGUUUAUAUGUACACAGGAUCAGGUGGAGUAGUGAGUCCACAGCAUCCUCAAGUAGGAUCUCCAGCUCUAGGUGUGUCUCCAGUCCCUGGCAGUAUCCCGCAAGUGAGGCCUGGACAGAUGAGACCAGAAAAUCGACCCGAGAUGAUGAUGCGUGUAAAUCCCGUAGGUCCUCGGCCACCAGUUGGGCAAACUCCACCUGGGGCUCCAGGGACUCCAACUAUGCCAUUGCCCCCUCAGGGCACUCCCUUAUCCAGCCUACCGGGCAAUUCCCCUGGCUUGAUCAAAGUCAAACAGAAUAUUGUGGAACCUGAGAAGGGGAAGCCCAAGGAACUAGUUAAUGGUUUGGUGAGUAAAGACAGUAGAGAGGAAGAAUCCUCUAGAAGAGAAGAUGCUCGUAGUCCAGCAUACUCUGAUAUAUCAGAUAAUGAACCGGCAUCUGUUCUAGAUGGUGAGAACGAUAAUAAAGAUUUACCAGACGAUAAAAAACCAGAAUUACCUUUGGGUGCACAGCCGUACCCUCCGUAUGGACUGGCGUAUUAUGGGCAUUACCCGCAGCCCACUCCCUUAUUUAUGCCUCCAUUACAGCCCCCUCCUCCAUCUACAACUCCUGGUAAAGAAGGUGAAAGUAAAGACUCUAAAGAUAAAUGUGAUAAGGAUAAAAAUAUACCUAUACCUGGUGGUAGUGAAUAUUUAAGUAAAAUUCCACCUCAAUAUAUAUAUGCCCCCCCUCCUUACUUAUAUAAUCCCGCCUAUCCUGACCCUUAUUUACGAGAAGCACCAAUAUACAAAGAAGCAGAGAGUAAAGAACUACCUCCUGGGUUAAGAGAAGGAGACAAAGGGCCUACAGACUUAUCUAGAUCGGCACCAGGUAUUAUGAGUGGUGUUGCACUCUCUCCUGCGUUACCCAAAGAAAAAAUAAGUAUAGUUAAAGAUAAACAGUCAGAAAAUCAUGCAAUAAUCAAAGAAGCCAUUGAGCUGAAGGGUCAGUUACCGGGAGAUAAGAGGCCGUACGAACCCAGCAUUGCUUAUCGCUAUGCGUUUGAUCAACGGCCUCCUCCGCAGACACUGCCACCUCAAGAAAAGCCCAGUGAAAAGCCAGCUGGGUUACCAAAGCCAUCACCUCCCAUUUCUAUUUCUAGUCCGAGAGUUGAGUCUACUCCACCUGCAGGCCCAGCAAACAAAGAUGAUAGAGGGGAGAAGAAGCCUGAGACCAAGAGUGAAGGGGUGAAGCCUACCAUGGAAACUACUGGCCCACCACCGCCACCAACGUCGUCUGCGUAUUACCCUCAGUUUCCUUAUGGGGCACUAGCCUACGAUCCCUAUCGACCCCCAAUGGUCCCUCCAAUGUCUAUGACGACUGGUUUUCCCCAUUAUCUCGCUGCCCCAGGAAUUGUACCAAGAUUUUCUCUUGGUCCAGCUGUAAAUAAUGCACCCGAGGACCUUUCCCGUGGAGGGUCUAGCGGUACCAUGAUUCACCCGUCACACCUUUACACCAAUCAUAAAAUAGUUGAACUUCAGGAACGAGCAUUGAAAUCACCAUUGUCGCCUGCUGGCUUGGGAAUGACGUCUCCAGUUCAGUCAACUCCCCAGAAGGUUGGAUCUCCUUUGACAAACAAAGAAGGUUUGACCUCAGUGGCCACAACAAGCUCCUCCUCCUCUUCCUUGGCCCAUGGAGGGGUUAUGGCCGUGGGAGGAGGGGUAGAGGGGCGGUCUCCCCCCACAGCUCGGCCCCCCACACACCCACACCACCUGCAUGAUAGCUACUCUCACUACCCGCUCCUCCCUCCGUAUCAUUAUGCAGCUCUGCAGGCGGGACAGACGCCAGUACCAGCGGCAGCACCCUCAGGUCUACCUCCAGCCAAGUGAGGUUGAAUAACCUUAGUCGCAGAUGACCCAAUGGGUGGAUUUGUCAAGAGCCGAGACAAAGAAGAAAUCGUGCCAGCCCCGUGUUAAAAGAUGAAGGGGCUUAGACGUGGCAUAUUUCAUGUUUGAUUCUCGUCGCAUUUGUUAAGAUUAUGAAGACGGACACUGUUAAUGUCAGUGAAGUGGAGAAUACCUCUUGAAACAAGAGAUUUCUCCCAAGUGACUUAUAUAUGUAUAUGGAUUUCCAGAAGGCAUUCCAUUCCUUUGGAACACAAAACGAGUCAGAAGGCCUCCUAAAUGGUCUGAUGUGGUGGUUGACCGAACUUUUAAAAGUUAACAGGAUGGUUGCGGGAUAGUACAAAAGCACACAGUGAUGAAGUUCGUGAAAGCGGGUGUAGAUUAUCAGUGACAGGAAGAGACCUAGUGAACCUAAUUAGUGAUAAUUGCAGACAUGGAAGUAAGCACCAGCAAAGUCUUUUAUGCAUCGCCAAAAGAAAACUAAUCAGAAUCUAUGUGACAAAAUUCUAAUUGGUGUUAUAGAAUCGGAAAAUAAUCGGAUGAAAUUUGGAUAUUAUUUCUGUCGUGAUUGGCAGGUAUUUUAUGGAGUCGGUAACUGUGGGUAGAAGGAAGGUCACUUGUGGCGUCGGUGACAGAAAGACUUGAUGUAGUGAGAAAAAUAAACAAGUGACUGCUGGAGCAGAUUCUCUUAUUACUGAAUCUGGUUUUACCUCAGAGUCAUUCUAGGGGGUGUGGUUUUGCCUCAUGUGAUAAUUAAUCUAAUAGGCCUAUGGACUGAUGAAAAUAAUAGGCAACAUUCGGACUGGCAUUAUGCUUGUGAUUUAAUAGAACUGUGUUAAUUACCUUAUUUUUAUAGAUAAUUGGUGACAAAUUGGUGUCUUUCAUUACGGAAGCUGUAUUGGGUAUCGUGUAGGUGAGUUUGAUAUGCAGAGUUUCGAGAAAAAACAAAAAAGCAGUACCUCCCAUAAGUGUUCACACCAUUAGCCUUUGUGCAAGAAAUUAGUAUUGUGUUAAGCUCAGGUAUGUCAUAGGGAACAUUAUGAAGCAAGCUUAGGCUAGGUGUAGUACAAGUGACACAGCUCAGCUGUAGUAGGGUGACACUGCAUUGACUUUUUUCAUAGUUAUUUCUCUGUGGAUGGACAACUAAUUGAAGUGGUUUGUAGUUUUGUUUAAAUCUCUUUAGGUUUGGUGUGUUGCCUUCAUUUGAGAGAAUGACUGGGAAUGCUAUUACGGAUGAGGCUAUUAUUUAUAUGGGAAUGAAAUAGCAGCUAUUUUUUCACUUUCUUCCAGGCAAAAUUUUGAGCGUUUAGACCUUUUCUUUCAUUUUGGUUGUCCUUCAGCUGUGAUCACUUCUAACCCAAAACAUACGCUGGUCCAAGGCAGAGUAGUUGUCUGUAAGAACAUUGGGUUUGAGGCUAUGGUCUGUAGUGUGCACUGUAGGGAUAUUGAGCAGUGGUUUUUUGGAAUCUGAGCUUGAGAAGUUACUAGUGAGGUUAUGGAAUAUCGAUUAGAAAAUUUAGUGAGUAUCUGGUGGUGAUUUUGGUACCAUUGACUUGAGACAAAUUUCUGUUGUACAUCAGGAAUCACUAGUACCUCUGUAAGUCAUUAUUUGAGAUUCCUCCGUCACAUGAAGACUAGCUGGUGUGUGUGUGCGUGCAUGUGUAUACACUGUGUUCACCGUCAUCAAUCAUCAUGAUCAUCUGUACAUGUGUUCAUACUGUGAUCACCAUUCUGUGGAACCCAUUUCGUACUCUUUUUCUGGCCAAUCUGUGAUAGGGUCAGCAAACUCAGGGGCCGACACGUUGAUAGUUACUUGUACGAAUUUUACAACCCACCAAUAGGCAGUGUCGUUUCUUGUAAGGUUAUGAAAAAGAAAUUAUAAAGCGUUAUUAACUGCACUCAGUCCCUAUUUUGUUUUUCUCCUGUGAGCAGAGUUGGUACUUGAAUGAAGUAGAAAUUUCAUCAGCAUUCAUUCCCAUUUGGUCACCAUUCCAUUACCUGAUUAUUGUACUGUAGUACUUCUUUGCAGAACAUGUCUUUGUUGAACUUAAUCUGUAAAAACUCUUUAGUCUCUUUUCACUUAACUUUGAGUGGUUAGAAAUUUGAUUCUUGGCCUCUGAUUUUAUCAUAAAAUGUCAUUUAUUUAAUAAUGGCAAAUCAUUCAAUAGACUUAAUUUAAAUUAGAGCGGUUUAUUGUUGUUAUUGAUGACGUUCAAUACUGUAUCCAUUUUAUUUCCAAGUGUAAUCUUAUAAAGUAACAAAGGCAGUUUUGCAGCGAUAGUUGUCAGAUGUGGAGGAUUAUUUUUAUAUUGAGGGUAGGCUGUAGGGUAGUAAGCCAGUGCCAUGGCAAAGUUAGGUCUUCAUUCAUUCUUGUUACCAAAUGCUGUGCUGCAGUGAAAUUGUGAAAGAUAUCAUAAUUGAUCAUUUACAUUUGGCUCGCAUCAUUAGAAAUACGGUGGAAAAUUUUUAGCAUUUGUAUAAUGUAUUUGGGAAAUGACGUCAGAAUCGUACUGAAAGGGUACAUUGCAUAUUGUCUGGUUACAUAGUAGUGGGUUUUGGGGAUAUUUAUGUCUUGGCCGAAUCAUCUGUUAGGGCUGAAGGUGGUUAUUUAUGAUGAUGUCACCUGUGAUUGCUCAUAUGUUGUUCUGAAUGGAUAUGUUAACCCGUGAUUGGUCAGUGUGACCCCCUCCCUUAUUAUUAUUAUUAUUGUAGAGGUAGCUGUGAUCGUGCGAGUAAAUUCUUUAAUAUUUAUACGUACUGCAAUUUCAGUGACGGCCUUUAGUAAUCCCCUGCUCUCCUCUCGAUCCCUCUUCCCCCUUUUCCCUUUCCCCUGAAGAAGAGAUGAAAUUUUUGGAAAUGUUAUCAGUUGGUCAGUGCGUGAUAGAACAUCAUUUUGCUGUACAAAUGUUAAAAGGAACACAGGGCACGGGUAUGCCUGAUGCUCCAGUGUACAUUAUGAUUUGGCUUCUUACGGAAUAAAAUACUUUUAUUGUAA